AUGGAGUCACUCGUAUAUGAGAACUCGCCACUAGCUGAAUACUUAGAAGGAGAGGGCGGAACCGAGGAAAACUGGCCCGUGGAGGAGAACCAAAGCGACGAUGAUCAGACCACUCUCAACUUCGCCCCUCGGGGCUCUUCCAAAUUCCAGGAUCGCGUUCGACACAAACUGCCCAAGCCUCUCGAGCUAGGUACACCCCAGGCACAGUUGGUUGGGAAGCUUUAUGAGGCCUGCUCGUCCGCCCUCAACGCACGAUUGACGCGGAGCGACAACGAGCGAUUCUUGGAACAAUUUGGCUACGUGAUCGUCGCAUCGCAGCUCUUGAAUGAGCACAGCGCCCCCUCCUAUACCUCCGCCUCCGACGUUCAAUCCGUGAAACAGCCCGCCACCCUCCCCUCUCUAUCUACAACCUUUGGAAUCCAAGGCGCGAUCGUCACCGCCUGCACAUCCUUCUCUAUCGCUUGGUUAUUACAUUGGAGCCGAUCGAAGACCGGAUCGGGAGUCAGCUUGAAGAAAGUGGGACUGAUUUUGGUACUGGUCCCGGCCGUCGGGGUCUUGUUCUACAUUUUCGCCAAGCGACAAUGGCUGAAGUACUUGCGACACCAGGCUGUUGAGGCCGCUGGAACAUUCAUUGGAAACGCCCAAGGCUUUGACCAUGCUGCCUCGGCUUCUGUGGUGUUCAUUCAGGAGGUGGAACUUGUGUCACGAGGCUAUCGGAUAAGCACUCCUCUACCGCCUAUCAGUCGACUUGAGGAAGUAGUACAAUCCAGACGGUGUCUGAGAUUGCGUCGAGCGGUCUCGGAAUGCUUCUCCUCAAUGCUCGAGAGAUACAUACAGUCCCAAAAUACAUUGCGCCCACUCACCGAGGAGGGAAACCUGGCCAAGUAUUACGACAUUUACGACAUUGGAUUGGAAGAACUUGAAGUCAUUGAGCUCUCCUUGUCCCAAAGAACACACGAGGACCAAUACUCCCUGCGUUACCUCCGAGAUCUAUUCGGAAAACUGUACAGCAUCCGCAAAAGCGUUUUGUGCUGUUUGUUGGCUCUGAGUGCUGACGGCGGAGGAUCCGAUAUCACCAGAUGGAGCGCCGCCGUUGAGGAGAUGCGUGAACUUGCUGAGGUGACUGGGGCUAGCAUGUCGAAAAUGACUGCAAUUUUGAAUGAGGGAGAUCGUGAAACCGAGAUUCCUCCAUCCCCGUUGCCCUCGGCUUCGUCAAGCAAGGAUCAUCUGCGGGCUCAGUACCGACGCCUCAGCUCUCUGUCACAGGGGGUCCGUGCCUUGCAUGCGAAAAUGCACAUCGUCAGCGAGGAGUCACAUGCCAAUCUCGAGCGCGCAGACGCGGAAGAGUUCGAAGCCACACUCCUUGCGCAGUACGACUCGGUGGGCAGUGACUUGCGAGCCCUUCUCCAGGAAUGGGAAGCUGGCAAGACCGCAUUGGUGAACCAGCACGAUCGCCUCAGUGUGGGAGAUCGCUCAAGGCCAUCCAGCACCCUCCUGAUGCCCAUGUCUCCUACUCCCAGUCUCGGAGGUUCCACCGCAGUGGAGGGUAGCCCGACCGAUGCUCUCAAAGCAUUGACUGGCGAACCUCGUCCGGAUCUGACGCAUACCUACGACGACGAGGAGAUCUUCGAAGCUAUCGUCCUCCCAGGCUCGAGGAACAAGAGAAUGUCCUUGACAAGAGACGAGCGUCUGGCCCGGGUCCGAGAAGAUCGAGUCCGACAAGCCACUGCCCGCGAAAAGGCAGACGCGAGCACUAACAUGCUGAAGGAAUUGGAGAUGGUCAUCAAGCAGCGACCUGGAAAUAACUCUUCAAAAAGGGUUACCAUGUUGGAAGCACGAUUGGAACAGGCCAGCUUGCUCAAGCGCGUCGUCGAUGCCAUCAAGGACCUCGUUCAGGACUGCAACUUCGACUGCAAUGACUCCGGAAUCGCCCUCCAGGCCAUGGACAACUCCCACGUUGCCCUGGUCUCCAUGCUGCUCCGCGCUGAGGGCUUCUCUCCCUACCGCUGCGACCGCAACAUCGCUCUCGGAAUCAACCUGCUUUCCCUUACCAAGGUGCUCCGCGCCGCCCAGAAUGAAGAUAUCCUGACCCUCAAGGCCGAGGACUCACCCGAUGCUGUCAACCUCAUGUUCGAGAGCGCCGAGACAGAUCGUCUGAGCGAGUACGAUAUCAAGCUCAUGGAUAUUGACCAGGAGCACCUGGCCAUUCCUGAGACCGAAUACGCUGCUACCGUGGAGAUGCCCUCCGCUGAGUUCCAGCGUAUCUGCAGAGAUCUCAACCAGCUCUCCGAGUCCGUUGUCAUUGAGGCCAACAAGGAGGGUGUCAAGUUCUCCUGCAACGGUGACAUCGGUAACGGCUCCGUCACCAUCCGCCAGCACACCAACGUCGACAAGCCCGACCAAAACGUCACUGUCAACAUCUCCGAACCCGUCGCCCUGACCUUCUCCCUCAAGUACCUUGUCAACUUCUGCAAGGCCUCCAACCUGUCUUCAUCUGUCGUUCUGCACUUGUCCCAGGAGGUUCCAUUGCUUGUUGAGUACGGUCUCGGAAGUGGCCACCUACGAUUCUACCUGGCCCCCAAGCUCGGUGACGACGAGUAA